AAACACCAACUGAACAGUUACAGACUAUUGGACAGGGGAGCAAAACUCUCAUNCUCAUAUGCAUCUUGUUUCCAAAAACUGAAUAUCCAUCUUCUCCUUGAACGCGUCUUCCUUCAUUCACUGCUACUCAAAUACAAGCAAAUGCUACAGAGUGACUCCACAAAUCCCGUAAGAGAUCACACUUUUCAAGAGACGCGAAGCGGGUUUACGAGAAAACAUACUACUCGCAAGCCCCCAUCAGUAAUAUCACCGGCACACCACCAUCUUAAAAUAGCAUUGAAAACGCCAAGUGAGCAGUUACAUACUAUUGGACAAAAACUAAAUAUCCGUCUUCUCUUUGAACGCGUCCUCGUGAACUUUCCUGGAUAUUCAAUGACUGUUGCUCAAGUGCAAGCGAAUGCGACUUCACAAAUUCUG